GCCACUAUAGAGGCCUUGAAGAACUCUCCGAAGGGGAGGCUUCGGUACAACCAGCAAUGGACUCCAGAGGAGGAGGAUAUGAUCAGUCAGUCUCUUUGCGAGCUGUCACUGUAUUCUGGCUGGGUACUAGAGAACAUCCUCCCAAAUAAAACCUUAAUCAAUGGCUCCGAAUGUCAGGAGUACAUUCAAGAUUCUGAUGGUCUCUCCUCAAAGUCAAUCCCAACAUCUCCAGUCCCUGCAUUCAACUCCACAACAGUGACUGACAAAAUACAGGAAAAGCAGAUCAUCUUGGAACCCUGUAACGAUGUAGAACCUUUUUUAAGGCUGCCAUCUGCAAAAACGUUGGCUGUAGAAAAUAAGAUUCACAUGUUUGAGGAGGAACAGAAGACAAAGUCUAGGGAAGAACUGAAUGCCCGCUUGGAUUAUGCUAAUCGGUACAACAGGUCAUUGGCAGAAAAGGCCGCAGAGCAGUUCAAACGUUUUGAUGAGAUGUUGGAAUUAAAACAAAGACAAGAAAAACAAGAACUGGAGGAACAGCUUGAGAAGGACUCAAAGGAGGCCUUGGAACGACAAGAGAAGUUAAAGGAGGAACAUCGCCACAGGGCAAAGCUUCUUACUUUGAAGUUGCGUGAAGCCGAACAACAGCGCCAGCAGGAGUUGGAGCGCACCCGUCAAGAAGAUGGUCGGGAGAGGAUGCGCCGGUUGUGUGCGCUGCAGCAGGAAGCUCUACAGCUCAUCCAGAAGAUUGAAAUAGACCAGAAGCUACAAGAGACGUUGCGUGUAGACUUGUCCUCUUUUAGCAAACAUGGGAAUCAGAUAUGUGGAAAUUUGUCCAACGUUGUUCGCUCCAGCAGUGAGGGCCAAUUCCCUUCUCAGGAUGAUGUCCUUUUUGGUGAGCGUUCUGUGCUACAGUUGAAGGACCUGCUCAGAGAUGUUGAGAAGGAGGUGGCAGCUGCACAGGAGAGAUGCAAAGCUGAGGAGGAAGCCUCCAAACAAAAGCAGAAAGACGCUGAACAGCAACAAUCAAAGGCCCAAGCCUCUGGUCCCACUCGGGAGAAGACCCAGGACAGGAAAGAAGGACUUCAGAUUACAACUGAUAAAAGCAUAAUGGAGCAGUACAAUGAACUGGUAAACAGAUGUGAUCAGUGUCUCAAUACCAUCAGUGCCUUGACAACCAGCACAGAUACUAAGCAAAAGAAGACCAGAGCUGAUCUGCAAAGAGCGGUCUUUACACCAGUCUCACAGAUUUCUUCAGAUCUAACUAAUGUGCAGCAGGUUUUUAAAAAAUUGAACACCUUACUGACAGGAGGGGAAGUUAGGAUGCGAGAUAGCUCCGUGUCUCUAGCCAUACAUUCUCUGGCAUCAGAAUUUGUGAAUUACAAGCUGGCUGAGAGGUUUGUGGCUCAAGCAGAGAAAGAAGUUGCUUCCCAUCACGAAUCUGCUUUUCCUUUAGCAACGGUUUUUUCUGGUAUAUGGGAGAGGCACCCCCAAGUGGGAGAGCUCUUCCUCGCUCACCUGUAUAAAAAGUGCCCUUAUGCUGUGCCCUUUUACCCAGUAUACAAGAAGGGUGUUCCUCUUGUAGACUACCAGAGGACAUUGGGUUAUGUUGUAGAGGGCUCUGUGGUUGAGCAACAGGACAACUUCUUGAAACGAAUGUCAGGAAUGAUCCGUUUGUAUGCUGCUAUCUUGCAAAUACGCUAUCCGUUUGGAACAGUACAAGGGCAUCACCCUCAUGGGUUGAAUUAUGGUUGGCGUUGGCUGGCACAAAUCUUAAACCUUGAACCAGUAGCAGAUGUUACAGCUACACUUUUAUAUGACUUCUUGGAGGUGUGCGGGAAUGCCUUAAUGAAACAAUACCAAGGCCAGUUUUGGAAAUUAAUCUUGUUACUCAAAGACGAACUCUUCCCUAGAAUCAAGCUGGUAACUCCAGAGGGGCAAAUGGGGGUGGUGGUGCGACUAAGUCUCUUUUUGGAGAAAAUCAUACAACAAAAGAUGAUACCUCUGCCAAAGGGAUAUCAAUAUUUUGCACCCUGA